ACAAGAAGAAAGCACAAGAGAUGGCACAGAAAAAGGAAUAUGUUGUGGUUUUUUUUUUUCCAGAGAAACUGCUAGUAAAAUGAGUAUCUUCCCAGCUUUCCUAUAGAGAGAUUGAGGUAUGACCAAAAGCAUAAACAUUUUACAACACUUGUUAAAAAUGAAGUACAUCUACGCAUCUUCUUUUCAAGCAUUGGUUCAGCAGUUCCUUGUGAACAAGAGCUCUUCUGCCUGUCUUUACCACUUUCAAACAAACUUUUCUCUCACUUUGACCAGCUCUGCCCUCAUGUUCGCUGUGAGAACAGACUCUGGAAGAGGAGGCAGACAGAGUAGGAGCUGCACAAACUGCCAGCUGCCUACAGAGGGGACCUCUGAACUUCUCAUCAGGAUGAACUCUUUCAACGAAGCCUCAGAGAGCCCAGAGCUUUGGAGCCCAGCUCACCCGCAGAGCACCUUCUUGACCAGCGCAGCACCACCAUUUGCAUUCAGCCAGCAGGCCACAGACACAGCCCUGAAUGCCAUCCUUAUUGUGGUCCUCUUCAUCAUCAUGGUAUCUCUGGGGUGCACGAUGGAGAUAGCCAAAAUCACAGCGCACCUCAGGAAACCCAAAAGCAUAGCAAUUGCUGUAGUGACUCAGUAUGGCAUAAUGCCCUUGACAGCAUUUGUACUGGGCAAGCUCUUCCAGCUGGGCCCUGCAGAGUCCCUUGCCAUCCUCAUCUGCGGCUGCUGCCCAGGGGGAAACCUCUCAAACAUCUUCAGUCUGGCACUGAAUGGUGACAUGAACCUCAGCAUCAUAAUGACCACGUGCUCAACACUCCUUGCGAUUGUACUGAUGCCCCUGCUUCUGUACCUUUACUCGGGAGGACUAUAUGAGGGUGAUCUGGAGGGCAAGGUACCUUUCAAAGGAAUAAUCACCUCCCUGGCCCUAACGCUAAUCCCCUGUGCCACUGGCAUCAUCCUUAAUGAGAGGAAACCACAGUACUCCAGCUUUAUCAUCAAGACAGGGAUGGUUGUGCUUCUACUAUCAUCCAUAGCAAUAAUCAUUCUGUCUGUGGCCAAUGUGGGAAGCAGUAUCAGGGCCAUCGUCUCACCAUCUCUCCUUGGAUCUUCUGCCUUGAUGCCUUUUGUUGGAUUCCUGCUGGGCUACAUUCUCUCCGCACUCUUCAAGCUUAAUGAGGGAUGCAGGCGGACUGUGUGCGUGGAAACUGGCUGCCAGAACGUCCAGCUCUGCUCCACUAUCCUCAAAGUCACCUUUACCCCUGAAAUCAUUGGCCCCCUGUACUUAUUCCCACUGCUCUACUUGAUAUUCCAGCUUGGAGAGGGCCUCCUGCUGGUCCUGCUCUUCAGGAUCUAUGACAGAAUGAGGAACCUGAAUGGCAAGUACUGCUUAGCUCCUGCAUUUCCUACCCUUUCCAGUUCAAACCAUAUAUGCUUACCUAUAAUUGCCAAUUAAUUGCUGCUUUCUAGGGACAGGACACAGCUGCCCUUUUACCUCAGUAACCAUAGCCAGUACACUAAACAGAAAUUGGUAAUUGCAGCAGAUCCUGGUUUCACUGCAAGCUGUUAAGAGAUUCAUUUAGAAGCAUCACUUCUGGUGGGGGAGGGAGGAGAGCACAGACCCACGCAGUACCACGACUAAAAGAAGGAAACAUUUGAAUUAUUUCUAGCAAAGUACAUACGUAGAUUUAAGCCUAAUUAUAUAGAUGUAUCUAUUUAUGCUGUGCAUAUAUAUGUGCGAGUAUACCAACUUCAGCAGAUUCAUAGCAUCAAAGCCCAGGUCAAUGCUUGAAGUUCAGACCCUCCACUGGUCACCCUCGUGCUGCUUCCAGAGCAGCUUCUUCCAGGACUCUGGGAAAGGGAAGCAGCUGAGCAGCACUACAGGCUGCCACAGGAGCGUUUUACCACAUCACUGCGCCACAACCAUUUUAUAGUUUGUACCAGACCUACUAUUCUCAUUAGAUUUUUCUUUAGGUGCAGCAAAAGCAAUCUGUGCAGCUGUAGACACAGACACAAAACCAGUAUCCAGACCAUGCAGUUACAGCGGGAAGCCAGGAAGGCAGCACAGACCGAUUCUGCAACAGCCGCUAUCACAGCCCUCCUCUGCAGCUGGCCUACAGCUUUCUAACAGUUCUGUGUGAACCUUCAGUCCCUCUGCUCAUUUUACACCAGAGGAUCUGUUCCGGAGCUGUCUCCGCCCUCAUAUUUUCCACAGACCUCCAUCCACAGAGAAAACCUCCCCAUGCCAGUACAGGAGGGAAACUUCAGGCUCCCACGCGGGAGAUGAAGACAUUGUAGCAAGCAACCACUACUGUUUUUCCUUCGUGACAAUCCCACUGACUGCCGUAACUCACACCAGUUCCCUUCCUGAAUGUCACAUGCUUAGGGCUGUCCUGUUGGCACGUGCUGCAAGCAGUUCCCAGAGCUGUGCCUGCAGAUAUGUGAUUUCUCAACUAAGUACCCAAAAUGUGCAGCGAAAGCUUCCCAGUGCAGGAGCCACUGAGCGUGCAGCUGAGCAGCCCACGGCUGCUCGUCACCCCUGUUCUCCAUGAACCUGAGCAGCAUGCUGUACUGCUAUGGUAGCGUGCGCUUUGAAGGAGUCAGCUAAGCAGAAGAGAUCUCUAGGACACCAUCUGGUUAUCUCCAUAUUGCAAAGAGCAGUACAAGGGACCCAUGAUAUACUAGAAAUACAUUGUAACCUGAAGAAAUCCAGCUUAAAUAAGAAUAAAGAGGAUCAUACCAAGAACCUACACUGAAAUGCAGCAUUGUUUCUGGACAGCAGGAAGCAGAACCCUGCAUAAUUCAAAGUCUAGAAGGAGGGUUUAGAACUGCAACCCCCCCCCCCAACCCAAAAGAUGGCCAUGACAGCAGCCAGCUCUGCAAAACCACGCAGAAGGCUGCUGGGCAGGCUGCCUGGGAGGCAAAUUGGGUAUUUUAGAAACAACUCAUAACAGCUAUUUAUGGAGCAGUACUUCACGUUUAGCCAUAGGAUCUAAUUCUCGCAGAGGGAAGAGUCUGAAACCCCACCCAUUAACUAUGUACCUUCAGCUGCCUGGAUUCCAGCCAGAGCCAAAGUCUCAUUUAACACAGAUACCUGCUAUAACACAAUAGAAAGUGCAACAGACAGCAGAGCAGCAAGAGCCAAGGCUGCAGCAAGUGAGGAUCCGCUCAGAUGCAACAGCAGCGGGCAUAGAAAUAUGAGAAA